UUCGUCCCCAAGGUUUAUGAAAGAUCUUACUUGCGAAUCCAACGGGAAGAAUAUCUUCAACAACAACUUACACUGGAGAAAAUGGCCUCAGAGAUUAUAUUUCACACAAUCAAUAUAACAAACGCAUUGUCACCUGACGAGUACUUUGAACAGAUCUCACGUCCUGCCAUACAAGACAUGUUUGCAAAAGAUCCUUUCGGUGUUUAUUCUGAGGAAAAGGUACAGCGGACGUUGGAUGCAAUGAAAGGAAGGCGUGACAACCUGAUUCAGCUUAUAACUGAAUCACAGACCAGUGUCACCGCCCUGUUCUUUUACCACGGGGUGAAGAAGGAGAUUGAACUCUGGAAGACAGCGGAACGGUCACCUCCUCUACCAGAAGAUGAAAAGCAAAAAAUUCUUCAGAAAUGCAAGAUUUCCAUCAGUAAAUACGCAAAAGCCAUUUUGCUUUGUAAAUCGUUCAUGCGAAGUAACAGCUCCCUGGAAAUUCUCAUUGUUGGUGACCAAGAAACCUACCAAGUACAGGAAGUUGAGAAGGAGACAUUUGCCCUCAUCCGCUUAAAAGGUGGCACAGAUGAAGCCAUAUGUUAUGCAGAGACUGCUUCUUCCCCAGAAGACAGAAAGUUCGCUAAUCAUCUGAUUAACAUCAAUGGAGAGGAGGUGUUGAACAAACGAAAAGUUUACGAAAGAAGUCGUGCAAACGCCUGGAGCAACGAGGAUUCCACUCUGAAACUCGCCACUGCGAUUAUGAAAGAGAGUGCGGAGCUGAAGAAAAAAUUUGGCAUCGAUGCCAUUGAAAAAAAAGACCUGGAUGCACUGGAAACACUGACUCGUAUCAGUCAGAAAGUUAGGAGCCAGCUCGACCCAGGCUAUCUCGAGCCACUCGGUGAAGGCAGCUUUGGGCAGGUGUUCCAAGCUAAGAAAGACGGCCGGCCGGUGGCUGUCAAGAUUUUAAAGAACAUCGAGAACCGCAAACAGAUCCAGGACUUUGAAAGAGAAGUUGACAUGCUUAGGGAAGCAAAGCAUCCCAAAAUCGUGGAAGUGAUUGAAUGCAUCUCCAUUCAGAAUCAGCUGGCGAUUGUGAUGGAGUUCAUGGCGGGAGGAAAUCUUAAAGUGCUGCUCGAUAAAAACCAGGGACGAGGACAAGGAAAAAAGUUUACAUUGAGAUUCACCGAGGAUAUUGGUUCUGCUCUUGAACAUCUACACUCACUGAAUAUCAUCCACAGAGACGUGAAACCUGAAAACAUCUUUUUGUCCGUUGAUCACACAGUUCUCAAGCUCGGAGACUUUGGUCUGGCUCGUGCAACAGAAGGAACACGUCAAACUAAAACUCAGAUUGGCUCCUACCGUUACAUGGCGCCUGAAGUGGUGAAAUCUGGAGGCCGUUACUCCCAUAAAGCCGAUGUUCAUAGCUACGGUGAGUCCAUGGCGAUAGUGACAAUUUCGGCAACGGAAAAAAGUGUCGUUUUUUCGUUUGUCUCUCUUAUAACUGAAUCACAGACCAGUGUCACCGCCCUGUUCUUUUACCACGGGGUGAAGAAGGAGAUUGAACUCUGGAAGACAGCGGAACGGUCACCUCCUCUACCAGAAGAUGAAAAGCAAAAAAUUCUUCAGAAAUGCAAGAUUUCCAUCAGUAAAUACGCAAAAGCCAUUUUGCUUUGUAAAUCGUUCAUGCGAAGUAACAGCUCCCUGGAAAUUCUCAUUGUUGGUGACCAAGAAACCUACCAAGUACAGGAAGUUGAGAAGGAGACAUUUGCCCUCAUCCGCUUAAAAGGUGGCACAGAUGAAGCCAUAUGUUAUGCAGAGACUGCUUCUUCCCCAGAAGACAGAAAGUUCGCUAAUCAUCUGAUUAACAUCAAUGGAGAGGAGGUGUUGAACAAACGAAAAGUUUACGAAAGAAGUCGUGCAAACGCCUGGAGCAACGAGGAUUCCACUCUGAAACUCGCCACUGCGAUUAUGAAAGAGAGUGCGGAGCUGAAGAAAAAAUUUGGCAUCGAUGCCAUUGAAAAAAAAGACCUGGAUGCACUGGAAACACUGACUCGUAUCAGUCAGAAAGUUAGGAGCCAGCUCGACCCAGGCUAUCUCGAGCCACUCGGUGAAGGCAGCUUUGGGCAGGUGUUCCAAGCUAAGAAAGACGGCCGGCCGGUGGCUGUCAAGAUUUUAAAGAACAUCGAGAACCGCAAACAGAUCCAGGACUUUGAAAGAGAAGUUGACAUGCUUAGGGAAGCAAAGCAUCCCAAAAUCGUGGAAGUGAUUGAAUGCAUCUCCAUUCAGAAUCAGCUGGCGAUUGUGAUGGAGUUCAUGGCGGGAGGAAAUCUUAAAGUGCUGCUCGAUAAAAACCAGGGACGAGGACAAGGAAAAAAGUUUACAUUGAGAUUCACCGAGGAUAUUGGUUCUGCUCUUGAACAUCUACACUCACUGAAUAUCAUCCACAGAGACGUGAAACCUGAAAACAUCUUUUUGUCCGUUGAUCACACAGUUCUCAAGCUCGGAGACUUUGGUCUGGCUCGUGCAACAGAAGGAACACGUCAAACUAAAACUCAGAUUGGCUCCUACCGUUACAUGGCGCCUGAAGUGGUGAAAUCUGGAGGCCGUUACUCCCAUAAAGCCGAUGUUCAUAGCUACGGGUUGUGUCUGAUAGAAGUGCUGAGUGGCAAGACAGUGUUCCAUGACAUCGCGCACCAUGAGACUGUAUUCAACAAGAAAAUGGCGGGCGACAAUCCAAGUAUUCCGGACAUCUCUGUUGAAGAAUUUGGCGAAGAACUGGCAACAAAGCUCAAAACAAUUAUUGACGAUUGUCUUAAGCCAGAAAAAUCCCGUCCCGAAAUGCAUCUGCUUCUCAGUAAACUGAAGGGUAAAGUAACGUCGCACAAGAACAGAGUGGAGCUUUACUGCGUGGGAACUGGGACCGGCACAACAGCUGCCCUGCAUGGCAAACCGAGUUCUUCUGCCAUCAUUUUUCAUGGUGGGAACCCUCUGUUGAUGGCCGAUGUUGGAGCAGGCGUUCUAAAGCCCUGCAGGGAGAAACUUGGUUAG